UAUACACACACAUAGCCACCUAUAGUACAAAAUUGUUCCAUUAGUAGAAGAAGCAAAAAAAAGAAAAAAAAAGUCAAGAGGGUUCAAAAACUUGUAGCAAAAUGGGAAGUAACCAAACAAAAAAUAAUAAAAUCAAUCCAAAUGCCAAAAUUAUUGAAGGAUUGAAGUAUAAAGUAAGGCUACUUCAAGAAGAGGUAAGUGAAAUGAUGUGUAUAAGAGAAAAUGAGAGUGAAAUUUAUAAUCAAGAAAUGAUUAUUUUUGCAUUGAAAGAAGAAGAAUGGAAGCAAGAAAAGAAGAAAAUUAUUGAAGAAAUGAAUGAUUUAAAGAAGAAAUUAGAAGAUUAUAAAGAAAAUCAAGAAAUGGUAAGUGAAAAAUGUGGUGAUAAUAAUAAUGAGUUUAAUAUGUUGAUGAGAAAUUCAUUAUUGGAGCAAAUUAGAGAUGAAGAAGUUAGAAGAGAUGAAGCUAUUGACAAGUGGAAAAAUCUUUAUUUUGUCAUUAAAAAUGAGCUUGAUGAACUUAUUCAAAUGACAAAUCAAGGAGAAAGAUUUUGCCAGAGAACAAAGGAAGUGGAAUUACUAGAAGAGCUACAUAGGGAGUUGAAAGUAAAAGAAGAAAUCAUUGCAAAUUUAAAAGAAAAAAUUGCUUCAAUGGAGAAACAAGAAGUGAAGAGGGAAAGGGAAAUUGAUAUUUUGAGACAAAGUUUGAAAAUUAUGAGCUACAACAAAAAAAAUUGCAAGCCAUUCUAAAGUUAUUUACAAAAACUAGAAUUUCUGCGAUGCAUGCAUUAGGGCAGAUUGUCUACAUCACAAUCCUUUGGGUGCAGCUUUUCCUCGGAUUCUGCGACGCGAAAUGCUUUAUGCACGAAGUGCCUUCUUCUUAUCAUUUAUAUAAUUCAUUGCAAGUAAAAGAUCAUAGAAAUACCAAUAUUUCUUUGGUUACACUAAAGUAAUAAUGUGCUUCACAAAAAUACUUUUCAUAUGAUAUGUACUUUUCAAGAAACUUGGCUAGCUUCAUGUAACAAUUUAGUAUAUUAAGUACCUUUUAUUGUAUACUUUUUGUAUAUUUGUCUCCA